CCAAAAUUGAAACCCCAACCCCUUUUUCAUCAGACACUCCUCCACUUCUCCCCUCCGCGUUCCUCUCCCAGGGCCAAACCCUUCCCCUUCACUCCUGAUUCGUUGAGUUCUGGAGCUUUUUCUUCGAGCUUUGGGUCCAGUGGUUUCUGUAGGAGUCACACUCCGUGAUGGCUUCAUUGUUCAAGGAUCAAGCGAAGCUUUCACAAUAUCGGGAUAGAAGAUUUCCUGGAUCACAAGAGGAAUUUGAGCAAGCACUUCUGGCAUCAACCACUGUUUAUAUUGGGAACAUGUCUUUCUAUACAACAGAAGAGCAAGUGUAUGAGCUCUUUGCUCGUGCUGGAGAAAUCAAGAAGAUUAUUAUGGGCUUGGAUAAGAAUACAAAAACCCCUUGUGGGUUUUGUUUUGUCCUAUUCUAUUCUCGAGAAGACACUGAGGAUGCUGUAAAAUAUAUAAGCGGGACUAUUCUUGAUGAUCGUCCUAUUCGUGUGGAUUUUGAUUGGGGUUUCCAAGAAGGAAGGCAAUGGGGUCGAGGGCGAAGUGGUGGACAGGUUCGUGAUGAAUACCGUACUGAUUAUGAUCCAGGUAGAGGUGGAUAUGGUAAAUUAGUUCAAAAGGAGUUGGAAGCUCCGAGAACCCUUGUUGACUAUGGUACUGGAUCAUUGGGUUCUUUCCCUCCAGUCAUGCCUCCUCCUCACUAUGGUAGACAGGGGGGAGGCAAUAAUCAUGGUGGUUCUCAUCGGCAUGGUAGAGGGGAUUUUCAUCGGAAACGACAGCGUGAUGAUGACCGCCCGUCAUAUGAGAAUUCAAAGAGAAGCUCAAAUUAUGAAUCACUGAAGAACUCUGAUCAUGACUCUAGACCGGAGAAAAAUCCACGGUUUCGUGAGAGUGGUGACUCUGAUGAUGAGGAAGAGGAUGGCAAAAAGCGGCGACCUUAAUCAGUACUGCCAGGGAUCAAUCAGUGGACCUUUAGAGGCAAUUUUGCCUGCUAUUGGGAUGUCUGAACAAACUUGAAGACAUUUUUCCUUUGUUCGUUUUAUUUACUGUAAGGCUUAGAUUCGAGAAGUGAUCAGCUGUGUCUGUUCAAACUGAAGUACCUUUACAAGUCAGUAUUAGUUGUAUGUAAACCCAGGAGCAGAUUUCACACCACCCCCUUUCAAGAAAAGAGGAACCAUUGAAUGGCGCCUACUAACUCAAGUUACUGGCUGACUUAUUGAUAUCUAUUGUUGAAGUUCCUGUCA